AUGAUUGAUGUGUGCCGUCAGUCCUCUUUCGGAUACGAUCAACGAGCGGAAGUUCUUGGAACACAGGUAAUGAUUCAGACUGACAACGUCUACCCAAACACUGCCAAGAUUUACAAGAACGACUUUACCGGAAACGCCGAUAUGCCCUAUGACUUUUUCCUCUCGCGAUACAACGAGGCCUAUGUUACUGAAACCAUUGCAUUCUGUGAAUCUUUGGUGAACGACACACCCGUUCCAUGCACAGGAGAAGAUGGCUUGGUGGCAUUGAUCAUGGCAUUGGCUGCUGACAAAUCUGCCGAGGAAAACAGAUGGGUGUCUUUCCGUGAAAUUGUGGAGCAAGUGUACUGCGCUAGUCCUACUGAAUGCGAACUUCUUGCCACCAGUGAGGUUUUCCCUGAUGGAUUCAAGCCUACUGGCAAAGCUGCAGACUUGCUUCUGCCCCGCGAAGACCAGCAAAAAGGUGAGGGCGCAGGUUCACUCCAGAGGUGGUGGUCCAACAUGGUGAAGAGCGAUUAA